GUCAGACUUCCAAGGCCAAUACAGUCUAUGGUGACGAUUUGCGAUUGUCACAAGGGUUGCCAGUGUUUUCAUAUGCUCCCCUAGAAUUACAGUUUAAUGCGGUGCACUUCAAGGCUACUCGAUGCUGGGAAUGCUACACGAAAACGCUGUGGACAAGGGAGAGCUGGUGUAAUCAAUCUGGCAACCACAGUACAACUCCUUCGAACCAAUCAUUCUCCAAAGCGCCUAUGCAAGGAACAUCGUUUAGUCAGUGAAAAUGCCUCUGGCAAAGGACCUUCUCCAUCCUUCUCAUGAACUAGAGAAGAGACAGCACAAGAAAAAAAGACUGGUUCAGAGCCCCAAUUCUUACUUCAUGGAUGUCAAGUGCCCAGGCUGUUACAAGAUCACCACUGUAUUCAGCCACGCCCAGACUGUGGUGCUGUGUGUGGGAUGCUCAACAGUGCUUUGCCAGCCAACUGGGGGAAAAGCUAGACUCACAGAGGGUUGCUCUUUCAGAAGAAAGCAACACUAAAGGGGACUGAAAUGGAAUGGCCAUGAUGAAUGCGAAGAAGUGAUUCAGACCACUGAUCAAUGCCUUAAACUUUUCAUUGAUUCCAAUGAAUGAAGCUUGGAAAAUUAAUCAACUUCUGAAUGGUACAUGGCAAAUUUUUUCUGUUGUGUAACCUGUUCAGUUUUCUGAAAUAAAGUCUUAUACAUGAUGCAGGAA